CUUCAAAGUGUGUCGCGCUGCCCGUGACGUCAUAUCUAGGGGACAUGAGUGAGGAUGUACAAUGAGUGAAUAUUUGAUCAUUUGAUCAUUUUUGAGAGCAGGAGGUUGAAGUUUUCAUCGUUUAUAAUAAAUCAUCAUGACAGAAUUUUGGAAAUCGCAGCCGCGGAAGUUCUGUCAGUAUUGUAAGUGUUGGAUCGCAGAUAAUAAACCCAGCGUUCAGUUUCACGAGCGAGGAAAGAAUCACAAGGAAAAUGUCGCGGCCAAAAUCGAGGAUAUUAAGAAAAAGAGCAUCGCCAAAGCCAAACAAGAUGAGAAGACGUCAAAGCAGUUUGCAGCGAUGGAAGAAGCUGCUCUGAAAGCUUACGAGGAGGAUCUGAAGAGACUCAACAAUCCGUCCGAGGAGAGUUUGCCUGCGUCAUCCGCUCCUGUUAAACCACAGACCAAAUCUAACAAACGUGAAGUUAAAGUGAAGGUGAAAGCGAAAGGGAAGAUGAAAGCGAGCAGGAAUAAACCAGCGGAUGUUUGGCUUGAGGGAAGAACACAUGAGGGUCAGAUAUACUUUUACAACACCAUCACAGGAGAGUCUCAGUGGCAGAAACCAGGCGUGUUUCAGGGUGACAGUACAUCAGGUCAAACGCAGGGAUCAUCAGGAGGUGUGUGGAUAGAAGCCGUGAGUCCUGAAGGAUACACUUACUACUUCAACACAGAGACGGGCGAAUCCAGCUGGGAGAAACCCGACGAGCUGAAGUCAAAGGACGGAUCGCCUCCCGAGGAGACGCAAGGAGAAGCCGCUCCUCCUCAAGCCGAGUCUAUCUCUACAGAUGAAGAGAAGUCUGAACCUCCUAAAGAAACGACAGAAGAAGAAGCGGCUGAAAGCAAACAAUCCAAAGUCCCAAAGAUCAACUUUAGGAAACGGAAGGCAGAGCAGAGCGAGACGUCAGGGGAGGAUGGAGGACAGAAAGCGAGUGAUGAAGGAGGAGAUGAAGAGGUGAAAGAGGCUGACCGCUGCGUGACUCAAACUCCUCCUGCAGUCCAGAACAGAGAGACUUCAUUAAGGAAAUCCAGACCAGUAAAUCCUUAUGGAGCCUGGGAGAAAAUCCAGCCCCUGUACGACCCCUAUGAGAAAGUGGAUUUACAGCUGCCGCACGCACACACUGCAGAUGCCGCGCCGGUUCUCCCGCCUGAACCCAAAUCUAGAUUUCAAGAGCGCACCAUCACGUCACUGGGAGAUGAGAGCAACGCCGGAUCCACGUUCAACAAGAGAAAGACUGAGAAUGGCAAAUCCAGAAGUCUCCGACCAAGAGAAAAUGAUGACUGAUGUCUUUGUGUUCUGAUCCUUAUAUUGAUGUUGUGUGAACACUCGAUCUUUUCUCUGUCGUAGGCUUGUUUCACAGGUCCGGGUCGGCUCACUUUUUUUAAACAUCAAAAGCAGAUUUUUUUCAUUUCAGAUUUGGUUUUGUGAUUAUGUGUGAAAACAUUCUUUAGCAGUUUUGUGGUGGCAUCUUGUGUUUUUAAUAUUUUAAUUGUUGACGGAAUUAAAGCCGUAGAUGAAAUAUUUGUGUACUUGUUUUUGGUUUCAGUGUGCUCCUUAAAUGACAAGCAUGCUUGUUUUCUUUAGAGCAAAUAUUCUUCAUGUUUGGGUGAGAUGUUCAGCUUGAAGAAUUCUUGAUGAUUCUAAAAUGUUUGAGGUGCCAAAUCAACAUGAACAAAUUGAAUUGAAAGACCUGCGUCAGAAAAGAUAAAUAUUUUCUUAAAUGUUUCUGUCCGUGACUGAUAGUCAGACGUGUGUUUGUGUGUUGAUAUUUUCCCUCUCACACAAAACUAUCAGUCGAGUUGUUUGUGUGAUCAUAGUCACUUGUACACUUGUGUUUUAUUCUGAGGGAGUGUGCAGCACCCUAUAUAGUGAUUCACUCUAUGAGUUCUUCAGUUCAUUGAUCAUUUGUCCCUGUGGAUAAAACUCUUAAAUGCA